UACCGGACCGAGGUAUUCCGAUUGACAACCAACAACAAAUAAUUGAAAUAUCGAGUUUGGUACAUUGGUGUAUUUCCAAGGUUUCCGAAAUUGUAAAUACAGGCAUGUUAAUGCCAUUGCCAGUAUCAUCACAGUAUGGGACAUUUUUGUCAGUUAUACACAAUUUUAGUGAGUUGUUUGAUCGGCAUCGUCCAUGAUCAAUCUGUCGAACCCGAUUAUGAUAACAUUGAAUAUGGUGGUGUCUGGAAGUCUGUUAUUUCUGGAGCCUCAGUGAAAGACAAAGACCUAGACGGAGCAGUUCAGUGUGCAUUACUUUACCUGAAGAAGAGUUUUCUUAAUGAUAUAGUUCAAAAUAAAGAUUUGUGGGACAGCUAUAAAGUUGGCAACGUCAGAAAAUUGAAACUGAUAUACACAAGAGAUGAAAGAUCACCGUUUCACCCAAUGGUAUUGGAGACGGUUGGAGAGAACAAGGUUUUCAAACCAGUCCCAGACCCUGUAGUAUUUGGUAUGACAUACUCCUUCUACUUGGAAUGGCAUCAUAACUUUAAUGUGGAAAAACACAGUUUCACCGUGACAAUGUAUCCAAUAUGGAAAUAUUAUAUUUAUUCUCACACAUCAGAAAAUCCUAUAUUAUUUUCACCCCUGAACUUUAUCACGAACAUUUCAACAUCAAAUUCUAUAAAGACGGCAUCCAGUUCUGCGUAUGUAAGUCUGGAGCUGGACAUUUCUGCUGAUGGCUCGUACGUUACAAGAAAUUUUACAGCAGUGAAAGCCGAGUUUCAAAAAGACACUUGUCCCAAACCUGAAGUUUUUUCUAAUGCCGAGAUGAAUGAAGGUAAUAAUAAACACUGUAAAAUGGAACGUUUACAACACCAACUGUCUGUGAUGUCAUACAAUAUAUGGAACUUUAACUCCUUUCCGAACCUGGAAGGAGAUGUGUUCUACCAAGCAAGAAUAAAACAUUUAACUAAGGUUGUUAUUGAGCACCAGCCAGAUAUCAUUGUAUUUCAGGAAGUGCGGUUUGAGACCGGCCGUGGAGGAAAGCUGGGACCCAGUCAGGUGCAGCACUUGUCAAAAAUGUUACCAGCCUAUCAGUUUGUAUACCACCCAGCCCAGGUGAUGGAUACAAGUUUGAAAAAUGGCCGAACAGAGGAAGGUCUGGCCAUCUUCUCACGAUAUCCCAUCAUCCACCACGACUUUAUCCUUCUCUUUAGGAAUCAGAGCAACAGUGCAGAUCUUCAUCAGAGACUGUGUCAGCAUGUUGAGGUUCACAUCGCCGGGGUCGUACAACCGGUUCAUAUUUUCAACACUCAUUUGUCUUUGAGCCAUGAAGCAAGGGAGCAAUCAGUCACACAAAUUUGGGACUACAUUCAAACGCACAAGGGAGUAGCUAUUUUGGCCGGCGAUUUCAAUUCAGAGCCGCAAGAAAAAUCAAUACAAAUCUUAAGUGAAACUACCUCGCUAACUGAUGUGUGGACUUACAUCCAUGGAAACAAGUCUCCGGGGUUUACAUUCAGUACUCUUAAUGACGCACUUAACAAGCGGAUUGACUACAUCUAUAUACGAAGACAAGCAGGGAUAGAGAUACUGGAUGGUACUGUUUUGGAUGAUGCUAAAAAAAGAGAGGAAGCUGCAUCAGAUCAUGUGCCUGUUAUGGCAACUAUUGGCAUCUCUUGACUUCUGCAAUCUCUACGGAAAUAGUCUUUGCAUUAACAAUGUCCAUAAUCACACUUUUCAAAAUAUACUUUUUGUUAAAGAUCAAUCAUAGUCAUUCCACUGAUAGUAUACAGUAUCAAUGGACCAUUCACAUCAAGCCAAGAAGCAAUAAUUGUUAGUUCAUCUGUGAAGUGUGGUCGAAAUAAUCAAGUUUGUUUUAACACGAACAUCUUUUGUCUAUACCCACUGUUUUUGAAAAUAACAGAACAAAAUUAUACAGAAAGGUUUUGUUAAUAUGGUGACCUUGAAGAAAGACUGUUUUUAAAACUGCAAUCUCACUUCUCCAUGUUUUAACAUAAUAUAUUAAUAUGAAACAAACCACAACAGUUUUAAUAAAUAUGUUUUUGUUAUUAA